AUGGCAACGACGGCACCCCAGCUAGAAGGUGCCAAGGACGAAAUGGCCGCUCUGAUCAAGGCAAAGUCGUGCGGUCCCAUCCUUGUUCGGGCGGCGUGGCACGACUCGGGCACGUACAACAAGGACAUCCCGAGUUGGCCUCAAUGUGGAGGUGCCAAUGGAUCUAUUCGCUUCAAGCCAGAAAUGAGCCAUGCAGCAAAUGCUGGACUUUGCGGUGCUCUCGCCCUCAUUGAGCCCAUUAAGACGAAGUUUCCUGAGGUGUCUUAUGCUGACCUGUUGCAGAUGGGUUCUGCACUGGCGAUAGAGAUGGCAGGGGGUCCCAAGAUACCCAUUAGAUAUGGAAGAGUGGACACAACUGGUCCUGAGGAGUGCCCAGCGGAGGGAAAUCUGCCUGGCGCUGCCGGUCCCUUUGCUGAUGGUUCCGCAACCCCUGCUGAGCACCUGCGGAAAGUAUUCUACCGAAUGGGCCUCAGCGACAAGGACAUUGUGGCGCUGUCGGGAGCCCAUACGUUUGGCCGGUCGUAUCCCAGCAGAUCCGGCUUUGGCAAAGAGUCAACGAAGUACACCAAGGAUGGGCCGGGGACCAAGGGUGGCUCGUCUUGGACUCAAGAGUGGCUGAAAUUCGACAACUCCUACUUUGUGGAAGUCAAGGCGCAGAGGGAUGAAGAGCUCCUUGUCCUGCCAACAGACGCUGCCCUGUUUGAAGACGAGGGCUUCAGACAAUAUGCUGAGAAGUACGCAGAGGAUCAGGACGCAUUCUUUGCUGACUACGCAGAAUCUCACCUGAAACUGUCAGAACUUGGCUCGAAAUUCUCUGAAGGCACGCCAUGCUGCGAAUGCUGUUCUUGA